CACCUUCUGGGUGUUUGGAGAACAUGCAGAAGCAGGAACACCUCCAUUGUUUGACUGAUCUGAAAAGCAAAUGAAGCAAUGAGGCUGUAAUUUAAAGCAGAAGAAAGUGGCUGUUGUCUGAUUGCACCAAGAACUCAAAAUGGUUGGAGAAGCACUAAAAAAGGGAGGAAGGACAUGAAGAGCAAACAGCUUCGAUUCUUACACCACAAAUCCAGCCAGAAAAGAGGUGCUUCACCCAAACAGACAGAAGGACAUCAGCUGUGAAUCUCUGGAGUGAUGGCAGUUAUCAGGGGGGAGAGGCUUGAAGAAGGGAAGAAGGCCGCUGGGGUCAAAACCCCACCAGAGGGCGGCUGGGGCUGGAUGGUCGUCAUUGGCUGUUUCCUUGCCACCAUCUGCAUUCGGGCAGUGACCAGAUGUAUUUCCAUGUUCUUUGUGGAGUUCCAGAUGUACUUUGAAAAGGAUUAUUCCACCACUGCUUGGAUUCACAGUAUUAUUGACUGCACCACCAUGCUGUGUGCUCCUCUUGGUGGUUUUCUUGGAAAUCGGUUGUCCUGCAGAGCAACAGUUUUUCUGGGAGGCCUUCUGUCAACUGCUGGCCUGAUCCUCAGCUCCUUUGCCUCCAGUCUAGAAUUUUUAUAUGCUUCUCUGGGAGUACUAACAGGUCUUGGCUUUGCUCUUAGCUACACACCAGCUAUAGCCAUGGUUGGAAGGUACUUUAAUGAGAGGAAGGCUCUAGCUUAUGGCAUCGCUCUUUCUGGGAGUGGCAUUGGUACCUUUCUUCUGGCUCCUGCAGUUCAGCUUCUUAUCGAGCAUUACUCUUGGAGAGGAGCUCUGCUUAUCCUGGGAGGAUUUGUUUCCAACCUGUGCAUCUGUGCUGCCUUGAUGAGGCCAUUGGAAAACAACCAAGCUGGAAGGCUAUGGGAGAACAACAUGUCAAACACAGAGAAAGCCUGCAUGACGGCUGUGCUGCAAACUGAACUCACUGAACAGACGGCCUCUGACUGGGGUCAAGCGGAGCCAAAGCAGCAGCAAGUACAGAGUUUACAAGACAAAACGAGCCUUGUCAUCAACAUCGGAGCCUUAAAACACUUUGGACUUGAAAAAGACAAGCUUCACCAGAGUAUCGCACUGCUAGCAACCCCAAAACUCACUGUUACUGAGGUGUUAGAUAGGAAAAUGUCAGAAUGCCACCUGUUGAGCAAUAAGCUGGAGACAAUGCUUGAGGGGACAGGGUUAUUUGUUCCAACUAUUCUUAACAGCAGCAUGGAACAGGAAAAGAUGAUCUCAAACACCACAUGGAUUAAUGCUGUUGAAAAAAGAGAAAAUUCAAUAUCCAGUGAAGGGACAUCACCAGAUAACUUUGAUCAAGCAGUUUUAACUGAACCUUUGAUGUUCUCACAACAGUUAUCCACAGGCAAAUCUUUCGUUGCUAAAGCAAAAGAUGAGUUUAGCUUCCUGCAGAUUACCAGGUUCUUGGUCCUGUCCAUAUCCUUUGUGUUCCUUGCGUUUGGCUGUAGUGUUCCAGUAGUGUACCUCGUCCCUUAUGCCCUGAGCGUAGGGGUCGAGCAUCAGCAUGCCGCUUUCCUCAUGUCAAUAUUUGGCAUCAGUGGAAUUGUUGGCAACAUCACCUUUGGAUGGAUCACCGACAGGAAGUGUCUAAAGAGGUAUCGUGUGUUGAGCUACAUGGUAGCUAUAAGCAUGGAAGGCCUUUGUUGCAUGUUCCUACCCUUCCUCAAUUCAUUUUCCCUCCUGGUGCCAUUUUCCAUUCUCUACGGAUACUUUGAUGGAGCCUAUGUCGCACUGAUACCAGUUGUAACCUCUGACACUGUGGGCUCUGAUCAUCUAACCACGGCCUUGGGUGUGGUGUACUUCUUGCAUGCAAUCCCAUACCUGAUCAGCCCACCUAUAGGAGGUUGGUUUGUAGACCAGACCGGCAACUAUGCAUCAACCUUCUUCAUCAGUGGGGCUUCGUUCUUCCUCAGCUCUUUGGUACUUGUGGCUGCCUCUUCAGUGACACACCUGAAAGCAUUCUGUGGGACAGCUCUAGGUCAAGGAAAGCACAGAAGGGGAACAAAUCAGUCAUAAGUUGCAUCUGUUUUCUAACCAAAUCAAAGUUGCGACACUAAGAUGCACCUUGCCUCGCAUGAAUAUGACUACCCAAUGAGCUUUAUCACUUUAGUCUCAUUACAACCAUGGUUGCUUUAUUUUUUAAGCAUUUCUAAGUUGGAGUAUAACUAAGUAGCACAGCGUAGAAAUGGAAGACGGUGAAAUUAAGGUCUUCAUUGUCAUUUUCAGAAUUGGUCAAUACUUAAGUCUUAAACAUUUUUAGACAAAAUUUCAGUAGAAUCCUGUCUUUUUCCAGAUGUCUGUCAACA